AAAACAACCUCCUCUUACACUGCCGGAGUAUGCGCCCACUACCCCUCCCCCUCCGUUCCCUCCCCCGCUCCGCCACCCUCGGCCCCCGGAGAACUGCUUCCGCCGACCGCUACCUGGCGAUCCACCACUUCUUCACGCGCCACGCCGCCAGCCCCAUCUCACGCCACAUCCCGCGCCGGCUCAGUUCCUCCCCCGCAAAACGUUGCCUGGAUUGCCCCACAAGCCAGCCGCCUCCCAACCCUGACAAUCCCACCCCAUAUCCCCCCCAAGGACAUGCCCAGGAAUAUGCUCCGUUCAUCCAGAGGCUCAUACGCCAGUCAAAAGCCAUCGCGCCCAAUUCCCCACAUCGACCCAGCAAAGAAGAACUGCUGGAGGCGGCGAAUGGGUGGUGGCAACGUAUGAGGAUACGGCUUAAGUGGUUUACGAUCAGGGGCUGGAGAAGAUUCAACACGGACGAUAUGAGUGCAUUUGCCAGCUGGUUCUUGGUUGGAAACACUGUGUGGAUUCUUGUCGGGACCACAACAUUUGUUUCUGCAAUAUUCGCUCUUGCCAACUCACUCUCCUUGCAAGAAUACCUCGCCCGUUGGUUAUCCGAUUAUAUGACAUACAACACCGGCGUCACUGUCAUUUUCGAAUCUGCCAUUGUCCCCAAAUGGGGAUCCUCUCUCAUUACAUUCAAAAACGUUUACGUAUCUUGUCGUCCUGAUGAAGGCCCUUCAUCCGCGCCAGUCGAAGGCGGUAAGAAACAUGUGAAAGCCGCAACCGCCAAACCGCCAUCACCCAUCCCAUUCUUAUCCUCUGCCAUUUCUCCCGAGACUUACUUGGCUGCUCCACCUGCACCGCCAGAGGACAAUUACACAAUGUACGACGUCAACAUUGACCAACUCGAAGUUUCGCUCAGCUUUAUGCGUUGGUUGGAUGGUAAAGGUCUUGUGAAAGACGUGCGCAUUAAAGGUGUCCGUGGCGUAGUCGACAGGCGAUCAGUCUGGUGGGACCUUUCAAAGCCUCUUGAUCCCGCUGAUUUCCGGCAUGCGACGCAAAAGGGGGACUUCGAGUUUGAGUCGUUUCAUGUAGAAGACGCGCUCGUGACAGUGUAUCAACCCGGACUGAGGCCGUACAAUGUGUCGAUAUUCAACAUGAUUGUUGGACCGUUCAGAAAGAGGUGGUUGUUUUAUGAUUUGAUGAGCGCCGAGGGUAUCACGGGACAGUUUGAUAACUGUUUGUUCAGUCUGCAUAUGCCUCAGAAACUUGGGAAAUCGGUGGAGAAGGAAGGAGGUAUGGUCAAGCGAAUGGCCCGAUUCAGAAUCGACGGUCUCCCCAUCGAACAUGUCCAAUAUGCCUCUGGCUACACCCCACCCAUGUCAUGGCUGACAUCCGGCAAGCUCGACGCUGUGCUUGACAUCAAAUUCCCCCAUCAUCCAGACGACCAAGUCGACCUUCAAGCGCUUUUCGCCGAAAUUGGGCGGAAUGUCGCUACCAUCUCGCAUGGCGUUCACCCAGACGAUCCAGAUGAAGAUAAACUGAAAGGAGCGAUCGAAUCGGCUGAGACCAGUUUGGUAGGGGUUAUUCCGGGCCAACAUCGGUUGGCGAGACCGCCUCUGCGUGCACCCAAAAAGGGAGAUUAUGGGAAAGAAGAGGAAGAACGAAAAGUAGUGGUGGAUAUCGAUUUGCGAUUUAGGGAUUUAAAGGCUGCUGUGCCGCUGUAUACGACAGAUUUAACUGUCACCAACAAUGCCUUGAUCAGGCCUAUCGUAGCGUUCAUCAAUGCAAACAAGACUCUAGUUCCAAUCCACUGCCAGGUGGACGCCGAUCUGGGCAACUUUGAAGGGUCGUGGACCCUCUUUGAAACCGGUUUGAUGACAUCCAUAUCUGACCAAAUAUACGAAGCCAUGGCAUUCCACGUUUCCUCUGAAGCGGCCAAUUCUCGACGACUAAGACAAGUUUCAGUAUGGGGUAUACAGAGGAGCGCAGAAGUGUUAAUAGAUAUGCUGAGAGGGGUGGUAGAUCCUGUUGGGGCGCAAUUUGCCACGGUUUAAUGAAAAGGUGUAAGGAAAAGAAGAUACAAACAGAGAGAAUUUAAUAUUUUGGGUUUCCGGUAUACGAAAAUGUUUGUUAUACUUUUAUAGUCUUGUAUUCGUUUUGUACAGGUUUUGCCGCUAUAAUAUCUCAUCAUUUCAGGACAGCUAUUCACACUUUUCAGACUU